UUGGCCAAACUCCCUUUUUCCUUUUUAGAUUUUUUUUUUUUUUCAAAAGAGAAGAAUUAAAAGUUGUUUACUUUAAAAACGUGUGAGCGAUCUCUUCGCUCUGAAAUUUCAACCCUCCUUUUGCUGUUCAUCCCCUGGAUUUUCGCCGUCGUGUUAGGCAAGUAUCUCUCAUCUUUCUACUUCCGUCUAAAAAUCGAGUUACGUCUCUCCACAACUUCUCCCACUGAUCGCUUUGUCUUAAAAAUCUUUUCCUCUACUAUUUCCAUUGGAGAGCAUUGUUGUUGACAAGUCACAAAGCUAAAAGAAUGCGCGCACCAUCUUUGUUUGCGCAAUGCUUGCCCGGUUUGCUACCUCAGGAUUGCGGCGGUGUGUCUGCACUAUCUGACAAGGAUUUUCAGCUUCCAACACCAGCUGUUGAGAUCAUACCUUCUAAGACAUCAGCUCAUCACAGGUACUCAGGGGAGAAUCUAGAUGUCCUUGGUUUACCAGUUUUUAAGGGAAAAGUAAGUGUUUCUGAUAUCAUUGGUCUCUCUGGUUCAGAAACUGCUCCUUCUAAAUACGAAGGUUCUCUGAAAAGUUGGGAGAGUGCUAUUGUUCUUGUCCAUGUCCUUAAAAACGAGAUCCGCGAUGGACAGCUUAGCUUCAGAGGCAAAAGGGUCCUUGAGCUAGGUUGCAACUAUGGAGUUCCUGGGAUAUUUGCCUGCUUGAAAGGUGCUUCCUCGGUCCACUUUCAAGACCUCAACGCAGAAACAAUAAGAUGCACAACCAUCCCAAACGUUCUUGCAAACCUCGACCAAGCCCGCGACAGGCAAAGCCGCCAGCCAGAGAGCCCGCUCACUCCGUCGAGACAAGCCUUCGUCUCUGCAUCCGUCCGUUUCUACGCAGGAGAAUGGGAAGAGCUCCCGGCCGUUCUAUCCAUCAUAAGUACAACCGAAGACGUCUUCUUCGAACCAGCAGCUGCAGCGAUGAGCUUGAGUUUCUCAGAGGAAGAUUUCAAUGAUGGAUGUUGCAGCAGCCAAGACGGGAGCGUUACGGGACAGCAAGACUUCUUCUCGAGGCGGUCGAGGAAGCUCUCCGGGAGCAGAGCUUGGGAAAGAGCUAAUGAGAGCGACCAAGGAGGUGGAGAGUGUGGGUAUGAUGUUAUACUAAUGACUGAGAUUCCUUACUCGGUUACUUCUCUCAAGAAACUAUAUUCUCUCAUCAAGAAGUGCCUGAGGCCGCCUUACGGCGUGGUGUAUUUGGCGGCUAAGAAACAGUAUGUGGGAUUCAGUAACGGAGCGAGACAUCUGAGGAACUUGGUGGAUGAGGAAACGAUCUUAGGAGCUCAUUUGAUUAAGGAAACUACUGACAGAGACGUUUGGAAGUUCUUCUUCAAGUAACACUCACGAAGCUGCAUCAUUGAAAACAAAAGAAAAGAGAAACAAAACACUUGUUGUAUAAUGUAAAUGCAAUUAUCAUUGAAGUUACCAUCA